AUGCUUCCACCACCACCACACGAUACCGACGCGCCUAUUCGACUCACUGAUAACGAUGCCGCCCUUGCGAAACUCUCUGCUGUACGCCAGAAUUACUUAUCUGAUCAAUUCAUCAAGCACUUUGUUCCAAGAGCAAGUUUUCAGCCUUCUCGCCCACCGCUAAUCAAUGUGGGGACUUUUGUACGUACCAAGGCCAUCGACGAUCUGGUCAACCAAUGGAUGGACCUGUCGUCAAGAGAAGGAAAGAAAUGUCAGAUCAUAAGCUUGGGUGCAGGAAGCGAUACACGGUUCUGGCAACUUGCGACCGGCACACGAAAGGAUUGCCUUUCCAAGUAUAUAGAGGUUGAUUUUCCUGAAAUUACAAUGAAGAAAGCCAUGGCGAUCAAGAAGAACAAAGAUCUUAGUGUAGUCAUCGGUGCUCCUGCAGAUAUACAACUCGGGCAAGGUGGCACUGCUAUAUCCAGCCCCAUAUAUCAUCUCCUGCCUGCAGACUUAAGAGGUGACCCAUCGAUUGCACUAGGCUCGCUGACUGCUGCGACGGAAAAUGCGGCACGAUUGCUCGAUCCCUCGCUUCCGACACUCCUGAUUUUUGAGUGUGUACUAGCAUACAUGUCACCUCAAGAAUCAGACACGCUUCUCAAAUGGUUUCAUACAUAUUUCUCCUCCCGUGAAGAUGGCAUUCUGGGCGCGAUCGUGUAUGAGAUGUUUGGCCUCGGUGAUUCCUUUGGACGUGUCAUGCUAUCCAAUUUGAAGACGCGCAACGUGUCUCUUCCAGGUGCAGUCCCUUACCCGACUCUGGAAAGCCUCCCGUCUCGAUUUCUCAACCUCGACUACACUUCCGCUCAUGCUCUCACGCUGAAAGAUAUAAGGCGAACAUUUAUCGAUCCUAUAGAACUUGACCGGAUAUCCAAGUUGGAAAUGCUCGAUGAAAUUGAAGAGCUAGAUCUUGUCUUGGAGCAUUAUGCCAUUACUUGGGGUAUGUCAACUGCUCACUUGGGCAAUCGGAAAGCUCCUUGGGGGGAGUGGGGUCUAAAAAGAAGAGAGCAACACGAGGAAGACGAGUGA